CUCUCUCUCUCUCUCUCUCUCUCUCUCUCUCCCUCUCUCUCUCUGCAAUUUCUUUUUAGUUACUUGUUUUUGCUUUGGCAAUAGUGCCGGUUCUUGUCUCCCUUGGACUCUGACCUUGUUGCCAGCUUUGACUCAAGAAGAUGCUUGUGGCAUUGCUCUUGCUGCUGGCAGUGAGCAAUGCCGUGAGAGUUGAUGGAGAUGGUUGGCAAUGUGGUUUGAAUCCAACGCUAGACCCAAGACCACACAGUGUCUCCAUUUUGGAGUUUGGUGCAGUUGGAGAUGGUAAAACACUGAAUACUAUUGCGUUCCAGAAUGCCAUAUUCUAUCUAAAGUCAUUUGCUGACAAGGGCGGCGCUCAGCUGUACGUACCGUCGGGAAAAUGGCUGACCGGAAGUUUCAAUCUUACCAGCCAUCUCACCCUCUUUUUGGAAAAAGGUGCCAUAAUUAUUGGAUCUCAGGAUCCAUCUCAUUGGGAAGUUGUUGAACCCUUACCUUCUUAUGGCCGAGGGCUUGAAGUUCCUGGGGGAAGAUAUCAGAGCUUGAUAAAUGGAUACAAGUUAAAUGAUGUGGUCAUAACAGGUAACAAUGGAACCAUUGAUGGCAUGGGAAUGGUUUGGUGGGAGUGGUUUAACUCCCAUUCCCUGAACUACAGCCGUCCUAAUCUGGUUGAACUUGUAGCAUCUGAUUAUGUUGUAGUUUCAAAUCUCACAUUCUUGAAUUCCCCUGCAUAUUGCAUCCAUCCAGUUUAUUGCAGCAAUGUACAUAUUCAAAAUGUUUCAAUCUCUACUCCUCCAGAAUCCCCUUAUACUGUUGGUAUAGUACCAGAUUCUUCUGAUAAUGUUUGUAUAGAAGAUUGUAUCGUUGUCAUGGGAUAUGAUGCAAUUUCCCUUAAAAGUGGCUGGGAUGAAUAUGGCAUUGCUUAUGGCAGGCCCACCGAGAAUGUACAUAUAAGAAGGGUGCAUCUUAGCGCAAUUUCUGGCUCUACUCUUGCAUUUGGAAGUGACAUGUCUGGUGGCAUUUCAAAUGUUCUGGUGGAGCAUGUUCAUCUUUUCAACUCAAAUAGUGGCAUCGAGUUCAGAACCACCAAAGGUAGAGGUGGUUAUAUGAAAGAAAUUGUCAUAUCAGACAUACAAAUGGAGAAUAUAUAUACGGCAAUUGCUGCCAAAGGUCAAUGUGGGUCUCAUCCUGAUGACAAAUUUGAUCCAAAUGCUCUCCCACUUUUGGAUCACAUUACCGUGAAGGAUGUUACUGGCAGUAAUAUCACCAUAGCUGGAAGCUUUAAUGGAAUAGAAGAAUCCCCUUUCACUAACAUAUGCCUUUCAAAUAUAACCUUGUCUACAAAUUCUGUUUCUGCCAUUACCUGGGAAUGCUCAAAUGUCUAUGGAUUUUCAGAAUCUGUGCUCCCUGAACCCUGUCCAGACCUUGAAAACCCCUCAAAUUCCUCCUCAUCCUGUUUCUACCUGCUGAAUAUCAGUGCAAAAACUGCUGUGCUGUGAGAUAAUCCUUUCUCAACUGAAGAUUCAUAUUCUUGAGGACUCUGCUUGAUGUCUGUGAAAAAGUGAAUGGUCAUUUGCCAUCUAAGAUUAGGCCACAUUCUUUCCAAUAAGACGAUUGUUCGGAUUAUUUAUUUUUUGUUUUCAUCCCUUAGAUUUGCAUUCUUGCAUGUUCCAA